UUUUUGUUCCUAUUUGGUUUUGUUGUUUUUAAAUUGGGAACCGCUUCUAAAACAGAAGACAUGAAAGGAGAAUUAAAAACACAAUAUAUGUGUGAGAUAGAAUUAUUCAACUUAGCAUUUAUUAAACAUCUGCCAUAUGAUAGACAUUAGAAAUAAAAUGACUAGCAAGACCUGGUCCUUCCGCUCAGGAGUUCACAGAAUGGCUGGAGCAACUGUCAUAUCAACUGUUAUGCAGUGCAGAAACUACAUAGACAUUUGUGCGGGUUCAGACCACAGCAGAUAGAGAUGGGCAGAGUGGGAUGGGGUAGGGGGUAAGGUGCUUGAAGUUUGCCUGGGUGGGAAUUUUUGAAGUAUGAAGAGGACUUCUGCCUGGGGGAUUGCAGCAGUAGAGGGAAGAGCACGGUCGGUACAAUUGCAUUGCAGGUGUGAAACGGCUUGAUUUGUUCAAAGAAUGAUGGAUCAUUUAGUAUUGUAUAAUGGAUGGGAGGAGAGAAACACGGCGAUCACAAAGGGCCAUGUUUGCCAAGAAAUAAAAUAUACUUGGAAAAAAAGAGUACGUAUGUGUAUAUACGACAAAACUUGGGUGCAUUCUGUAGGGACCGGCGAAGCCAUUCCUUCAGGAGAUUUGCUCAGCAUUGCCACGGGCCAGCUGCUGUUCCAGGCCGUGGGUUAGGAACCAGGAAGGGCAUCGCUCCCACAGGGCCCACAUCCUAACGGGCCUCGCCGCGGCUACGGGGCUGGGCAGGCCGAGGGCGCCGGGCUGUGCAAAUUUCUUUAGAGCCGAGGUCUGUGGCCACCGUCUUCGUCCGUCACAGGAGGGCUGACUGGCCACGGCGGCCAUCUGCUAGAGCGCAUUUCUUCCCAUGAAACGCCAUCUCCUCCGAAGUGCGGAGCGAACGCAGGCAAAUCUACAAACACUGAUAAGCUGGAUCCACCUGACGGAACCCAGGGCCAAAAAACUGCGGCGAGCAGCGCCUCGGACCCGCUAUUACCGGUUUUCUAAGCACUGGACAGAGUGAGCCGUGCCAGCCCUGUCUCGCCAUCCCAGCCGAGGAGGGCAGCGCGAUGGCUCUUCCCUGCCUUGAAACCAGCCCCACUGCCAGCCGCUCUCGCCCGCAGAGCAUUUUCCGUGGCGUCCAACCGACCCUACGGCGGCCUUGGCGAGCCAUGUGGAAGAAACACACCCACUGCCCACAGGCCACGCCCUUCCUGGCUUCGCGCAUGCGCCCCGCCCGUCCUGAGGACCUCCCAACCUGCAGGGGGCGAUGAAAGUCCGCUUGCGCUUCGCUUGCAGUUGCUUCCGAGUCAGAGGUCAGACGGUCUAGCGCUGCGUGGGACAUGGUGCAGCUGCGACCGCGCGCGUCUCGCGCCCCGGCGUCGGCGGAGGCGAUGGUGGACGAGGGCCAGCCGGCCUCGGAGGAGGAGGAGGCGGAGCACGGGCUGUUGCUCGGUCAGCCCAGCAGCGGCGCGGCCGCCGAGCCGCUGGAGGAAGACGAGGAAGGGGACGAUGAGUUUGACGACGAGGCCCCGGAGGAGCUGACUUUCGCCAGCGCCCAGGCGGAAGCGAGAGAAGAGGAGCGGCGAGUGCGGGAGACCGUGCGCAGGGAUAAAACGCUCCUGAAGGAGAAGAGGAAGCGACGCGAGGAGCUGUUCAUCGAGCAGAAGAAAAGAAAACUCCUUCCAGACACUAUUUUAGAGAAGUUAACCACAGCUUCACAGACUAAUGUCAAGAAAUCGCCAGGAAAGGUCAAAGAAGUUAAUUUGCAAAAGAAAAAUGAAGACUGUGAAAAAGGAAAUGACUCCAAGAAAGUUAAAGUACAAAAAGUACAGUCUGUCAGCCAGAAUAAAAGCUACUUGGCCGUCAGGCUAAAAGACCAAGAUCUGAGAGAUUCAAGGCAACAAGCAGCACAAGCCUUCAUACAUAAUUCAUUAUAUGGGCCAGGAACCAACAGGACUACUGUAAAUAAGUUCCUGUCUCUUGCCAACAAGAGGUUACCAGUGAAAAAGGCUGCUGUCCAGUUUUUGAAUAAUGCUUGGGGAAUCCAGAAAAAACAAAAUGCCAAGAGGUUUAAAAGACGGUGGAUGGUCAGAAAGAUGAAAACUAAGAAGUAAAUCAAUGCUAAAUGAAGAAUCUGUACUUUUGUUCUUGCCACAGUCUCUCCGUAGCUGUUCACUCAUCGCUUGCAGCUCUCGUCCAAAGUGGAUCAUUCUUUCUAUGGCGGCCUGACUUCCUCCACACAACUGGCGUCUCAACUGACUUGAAUCAACUUCUGUAAGAAAAACAGACAAGUAUUUUACUACCUUAUGGAAUGGAGUAUAAUGAAGACAUGAACAUACAUUUCUUAUAACAUUUUGUACAUUUAGUAACUAUUCCCUAAUAUUUCAUCUACAUAUGCAGAUUGUUAAAAAUUCAUUUUUAAUUUAAUAUGAAACUGCAGCAAAAAGAUAAUACUUUAUUUAGCUCUCAAGAGUCUAGGAUCCAGUAUUCAGCAUGCAGUUGAGAGGCGACAACCUUUCAGUGUUAGAGGGUACUUAUGUCAGAAAAAAAUUUUAGAAAAAGUGUAAUUCCCAAACUACAUUAAGCAACAUUUA